UGCCCGUCGCGGGGCCAGUGGCAGCGCUUCAGGUCGUCGGGCGCCGGCGCUCGGUGGCGGCGGCUGCGGGUGGCGGCGGCGGCGGCUGCGCUGCGCGGCGCGGGCAGCGGACGCGCCUCUGGGGCCGGGCCAGGCCUUGGGCACCGGGCCGAGGUAGGGCCGGGCCGGCGGCGGCCGGGGGACCGCGACGAUGACUCUGGAGUCCAUGAUGGCGUGUUGCCUGAGCGACGAGGUGAAGGAGUCGAAGCGCAUCAACGCGGAGAUCGAGAAGCAACUGCGGCGGGAUAAGCGAGACGCCCGGCGCGAGCUCAAGCUGCUGCUGCUUGGCACUGGCGAGAGCGGGAAGAGCACCUUCAUUAAGCAGAUGCGCAUCAUCCAUGGGGCUGGCUACUCCGAGGAGGACAAGCGUGGCUUCACUAAGCUGGUGUACCAGAACAUCUUCACCGCCAUGCAGGCCAUGGUGCGCGCCAUGGAGACACUCAAGAUCCUCUACAAAUAUGAGCAGAAUAAGGCCAAUGCACUCCUGAUCCGGGAGGUGGACGUUGAGAAGGUCACAACCUUCGAGCACCAGUAUGUGAAUGCCAUCAAGACGCUGUGGAGUGACCCUGGCGUCCAGGAGUGUUACGAUCGCAGGCGGGAGUUCCAGCUGUCUGACUCUGCUAAAUACUACUUGACGGAUGUGGACCGUAUCGCCACAGUAGGCUACCUGCCCACCCAACAAGAUGUGCUGCGGGUGCGAGUGCCCACAACUGGCAUCAUCGAGUACCCAUUUGACCUGGAAAACAUCAUCUUCAGGAUGGUGGAUGUGGGCGGACAGAGGUCAGAGCGUAGGAAGUGGAUCCACUGCUUUGAGAAUGUGACGUCCAUCAUGUUCUUGGUGGCCCUAAGCGAGUAUGACCAGGUCCUGGUGGAAUCAGACAACGAGAAUCGCAUGGAGGAGAGCAAGGCACUGUUCCGCACCAUCAUUACCUACCCCUGGUUCCAGAACUCAUCUGUCAUCCUGUUCCUCAACAAGAAGGACCUUCUAGAAGACAAGAUCCUGCACUCACAUCUGGUUGACUACUUCCCUGAGUUUGACGGGCCACAACGGGAUGCGCAGGCCGCGCGUGAGUUCAUCCUGAAGAUGUUUGUGGACCUGAAUCCCGACAGCGACAAGAUCAUCUACUCGCACUUUACCUGUGCCACCGACACUGAGAACAUCCGCUUUGUGUUUGCCGCUGUGAAGGACACCAUCCUGCAGCUGAACCUGAAGGAGUACAACUUGGUGUGACCUGGGUGCGGCGGCCACCAGGGCCAGCUCCGUCCGUAUCAGGUCACCCAAACCGAGGGCCUGGGCACACGAGGGCCUGGGCGCAUGGGACUGGGGCGUGUCUCUUUUCCCUCUCACUUCCUGUCCCUGUCACCAUUCCUCAAGAGCAGGGGUAGCCUCUUUCUGGCCUUGACUCCUUGUGGCUUGAGUCUUUUUUUUUUUUUUUUUUUUUUUUCUAGGAAGCAAACAAAAGAAACACACACACACACACACAGAGAAAGAGAGAGAGAGAGAGAGAGAGAGAGAGACAUGAUGAAUAAUAGUGGGCCCUCCCAAGGAGUCCCCCAUGGCCACAAGGUGAUCAAGGUUAGAGCCCUGCAGCCUAGGCCCAUGGUCCCAAAUUUGAGUCCUCCCCCGGAAGGCUGGAGGCUUGGGGGUCAUGGACUGUCCCUUUUGUAAGUUAUUGAUCUCCCAUGUGCCCUCAUGACCCAUACCAUCUGCUCCCCAGACUCCAAGAAGUGGGGGUGGGCGGCCCCUGUGCCCACCCUGGGAAGUGCCUACCAUUUUUGUUUUGUUUUUGUUUUUGAAGAAAAGAGAAAUACUCUCCUCCACUCUGUCUUGGCAGGGCAGGUGACAUACUGCAGGUCCCCCGCUCUGAGUGACUGUCACCCUUGUCUCCCUGCCUCAGACAGGACCAAGCCUGUGGCUGAGCCUUUGGGGGCAUUGAACCCCUGAGAUCCACUUCCUAGUGGCCUGGCCAGGAGAGGCCUAGGGACCCCGAGAGGCUGUGUGGAGCUGGGCAGCUAGAGGGACCGUCCUUGUGACUCAGUGAGACCUUUUUCUUCCUUUUUUUUGGGGGGGGUGAUUGAGAAUGGGUGCACAAGGGCCUCUUCCGAGUUUUCUCAGGUCCGUCCCGUCCCCAGACACGGGCAGUGGCCUCACCCACGUGCUAGAUCCCAGAUCCCAGUUCCAGUUGCUGCACCACUGCCCGGUGCUUCCCAAGCCCGAGGGCCAGCAUCCUGGAGGUGGUGGUCAUGGCCAGAGAGGACACAGGCAGCCCCCUGCUGCUCAUAUACACUACAUUGUCUGUCUGUCUGUCUGUCAGUCAGAUUUCUUUACUUUUGCACGUGCAUUCUGGGCUUGGAUAUCCGGCCAUGCCUUUGUCCUGCCUGCCACGCUGGACUCCAGGCCCCAGAGUGUCCACUCAGACACAUGCCAAUUUGGGCAGUUGGCCACAUUGCUGUCCCAGGCAGAAGGGAACAAGAGAGCAAUGGUCAUAACAGACGGGUGGCUGUGACAAGCACCCACAUUCCUGGCCUCCAGCCCAUGGGUUCCUCACCUUCCCACACUGGACUCCUCUUCUGUCUCCAGCUGAGGGUCCGAUCUUGUGCCAUCCCAACCACGAUGGGCUGCGCUGCGUGGAUGACAGGGUCAUCCUGGCCACCCAGAGCCAAAUGGCCAUUGUGGCUAGCCACCCUUGGGAAGUCCAGGUUCUCAGAGAGUGGGCAUCUGCCACAUAACAAGAGGGUCUGGAACUGUACAGGUGUCCAAGGGUUGGCCACCCCAAGCCGGCAAAGUGUUAGCCCCUUUCAGGCAGUGUUCCAAGUAUGCCGGGCCACAGUGGCCACAGCCAAAGCCCUGGGGCAGUGCCCAGCUCUCCCAAGUGGUGGGUGGCGGGUUCUGCCCAGGGGAUCCAUGCUAGGGCCUUUGGGGUUGUGCCACAUAGGUCAGAAUGAAGACCCAGCUGCCCUACAUCUGAUCUGGCCCUCACCAAGGGAUAGCCUGACUGCAGGGAACACACUGGCUUCUUUGUGUCUGCCUCAGUGCCCUGGGAGUGCCAUCCACCGCCUGGCGAGGGAGCCCAGGCCUAGCCCAUAGUGGCAUCCAGUGGCUGUUGUGCCCCUUGUAUAUUAUUACACAGUCUUGAUUUCAGCCAACUUCAGCCUAUUUAAGAGAACACUCAAAACACUGUUUUUAACCCUCGUCCUUUUCGAAGCAUGUUCCUUGUGUCGGUGGGGGGAGGCUGGGUACCCGGCUCGGUGCCAGGCUCCUGCAGGCCCUUGGCCCCGAGGGGUGGAUGCCGGGGUGCAAGCAGCAGGUUGGGGCCUUGACCCCUUACCCAGAGGGUCUCGCUGAAGCCACCUUUUCAUAUCUUUCUCUUGAAUUCUGUUUUAAAUCGGAAUAAAUUUUGUUCCUAAA